AUGGGUGAUUGGAAUCUGGAAUUUGCCAGAUUGUGUGACUAUGCAGAUGUGAUCAAACAAACCAAUCCUGGAAGCUCUUGUUGGGUAAAAAUUGAUAAGGAAACUGAACCAGGGAAGAACCUUUUUGUAUAUUUUUAUGUAUGCUUUCAUGCAUUUAAGCAAGGAUGGUUGGAGGGGUGUAGGAAUAUAAUUGGAUUUGAUGGUUGUUUACUCAAGGGAGCUUGUAAGGGUGAAUUAUUAGUUGUUGUUGGAAAGAAUGGGAACAAUCAAAUGUAUCCCAUUGCCUGGGCUGUUGUGGAUACAGAAACAAAACAUAGUUGGAGCUGGUUCAUAAGUUAUUUAAUUGCUGAUCUAAACUUGGGAACUGGUGAAGGGACUUAUUCCUGUAUUGUUGGAGUUGUUACCAUAAUGCUGAGAAAAGAAUGUGUGCUAGACAUAUAUGGAGUAAUUUGCAUGUUAACUGGAAAGGAGAAGAAAGAAGGAAACAGUUUUGGAGAUGCUCAAAUGCCUCUUUUGAAGUCAAAAAAUAACAUGUGUGAGACUUUCAAUUCCUGGAUCUUAGCUGCUAGACAUAAAUCAACUAUUACCAUGCUAGAGGAUAUUAGGCAUAAAAUGAUGAACAGACACAUAGACAUGAUCAAAUUUGCUGAAACAUGGAUAUCAGACAUUACACCUAUGACAAGGGCAAUGCUAGAAAGAAACAAGGAGUAUUCAAAGAACUAUAAAGUUCAAUGGAAUGGGGUGAAUCGUUUUGAGAUUAGUGAUGGGGAAUACUCAUUUGUUGUUGACUUGGAGAAGAAGCAUUGUGACUGUAGGUUGUGGAUGUUGAGAGGUAUUCCUUGCCCUCAUGCUAUUUGUGCUUAUUAUUACUUGAAUCGAGAUCCUGAUCAACAUGUAGAGCACUGGUUAGAACACAAAGUUCUGUUUGUCCUGAUACCAGUGUUGUGCCAAGAACUGUGCCAAGAACUACCCAAACAACAGUAA